CCCAGGCACUUCUACUCUCACAACCCCUUCUACAACACAUUCAAUCCAACCAACCGCACUUCUACCACACCAUGCAGCUGAUCUCAGAAGCCAAGUUGCAAUCAGACUUCGCUUACCGCAUUCAGUACCUCCGCGAUUUUAUCGAGUUCACCUCGGAGGAUGCGGCCGCUUUGCACGCCGCACGCCCCGUCGUCGCCCCGCUCGUCCCCCUCGUCGUCGACACCGUCUAUGAAAAGCUGCUUUCGUUCAGCGUCACCGCCAAGGCCUUUGUCCCGCGCCAAACUGGCUACUCGGGAGAGACGCCCACCAGCUUGAACGAUCUCAGCCAAAGCCACCCGCAAAUCAAGUUUAGGAAGGACUUUUUGGCGAGGUAUCUCGUCAAGUUGGUCACUAUGGACUACGACAAGAUGUCGACGUGGGAGUACCUCGAUAAAGUAGGGUUGAUGCAUACCGGUGAAGCUGGGUUCUCGUAUCGCCAAAACAAACCCUCGUUGCGAGUGGAGUACAUUCAGUGUGCGAUCCUCCUUGGCUAUGUCGAGGAUAUCCUCGUGAAUGCCGUCUUGACCCACCCCGACCUGGACGAUGCUACUAAGCUGGUAGUGAUGAGGGCUUUCAAUAAGCUCAUUUGGAUCCAAAACGACCUUUUCGCUCGACACUAUAUUUCCGAAGAGAAGGCCUCUCCUUCGAAUGUGACAGUCGCUAAGCCUUGGGCAGUGACGCUUGCGGCCGCCUUCGUCGCUGUCGGCUGCUUCGCCCAAUACCUCAUUUCAAGGAGGUAGAUGUCUCUGCAGUCUUCACCUUUUCCCUCAACUUUGCUUUGGACUUGUUAUCGCUUUCGAUUCCUACAACUCCCCCCUCGACCGCAUUGCAUGUUGUUUGUAUAGUAUACCCCAUGAACUGCUAAUAAAACGCAUCUGACUAGCUCCAA